GCCAUUAAUAAAUUUUAUUUAUAUAUAAAACAUAAAAUAUAUAUGGAUUAAAAGAAAAAAAAAAACCCCCAUAGUUUGCAUUUUCCAAGAAUGCUUUCAUCGCACAGCAUGUCGCGUAGUGAUUUUAAAAAAAUGGGGAAAAAAGUUAAAGUUUCACUUCACGCGGACACAUGGAAGACAAAGGCGUUGGAAACAGAAGCAGCAUCAUUGUAAUUUGCUACUCAUCUUUCUUCUCACUUCAUUUCUAGUGCCCUCUUCUUGACUUCCUUUGCAGCAGCAUCUAUAUUCAGCCACUCCAAUCACCUUGGCCUUGAGCCAGAACAUUUUCUUUUCUAGUACAGCAGUACUACUCCUUCCAUUUUGUUGUUUCAUUAUUACUCCUGUUGUAUGUUGUUGUUCUGCAGUCAAUUAGGAUCUUCUCCUCAAAUAAUUUAAGCUUCUGGGGAAGAUGUCCUCCUCCGACUCCAUCCUUGGGGAUAUAGUUUCCGCCUUGCGAGGCCUGCAGUUCCUGGGCAAGAGAUCUUCUGAUUGGGUCCCCUGGGGGAUGUCCUCUUCUGUUAAUUCUCGUCUGGAUGCGCUUCAACCUAAAGCGAAAAACAUUAGCCUCUCCAUCGGCAAGCUCAGACUUGUCGAAACAUUUAUUAAAUGUUCCACAACCUGGUUGGGCAGUGAAACUGUGAUUCUGACAAUUGAAGAAAAGAACGCAGUGAGGGAACUAAUACUGGUUUCCCUUUUGGAAAGGAUUCAAGCCGCCGUUUGCAGUUUCCGAGGUAGCAUCAACCGUUCUGUUGAUGAAUUAAGGCGUGGAGGAUCUCCAUCCACUCUCCAUUACCAUGUUGAUGAGUUCAUAGCUGCCAUGGAGUCUUCUUUUGAACAAGAAAUGGAGGUUUUGUACGUGAUUUUGGCGGAACCGCAUCGGCAACCAACAUUCAUUCAAGUCCGGAACAGGGCUUGCCCUGUUCUGAAGAAUCUGGAGGAUUUCCUUCUCCUCCAGGUGCCUGGAGUUUACGCUCUCCAAGAUUCCGUGCAAGCAUUGCUCGAGAGCAUGGAAUUCUUGAGGAAUUUCAUGCGUUUCGCCAUUCUUCGCGCUGGUGAUGAUGACGAGCCCCCAGAAGAUCUCCUUCAUCUGUCCACUCACUUUGGUGCUCUCCCUGUAAAAGCAGAACUUAUAGCGUUGCGUUUGUUUUCGCCCGCCACGUAUAACUCCAAGACAAGGUUGCCUUCUUUUAUUGAGACGACCAAGCGUAUGAUUUCUGAUUUUCAGCGCCAAAUGAAACCUGUUGAUGACGAUGAUUCUAAAGUGUGUGAGACUUACAUUAGAGCACUGGCAAGCUUGAAGCGUUCUUCCAGAGAAGAGGUACAUUUUUCCACUCUCACCCUACAUGAUGAUGUUCCCACAAUUAUUUUGAUGGAUUUUAUUAGUUCUCUGCUAUGUUAUCUUUGGGAGAUCCUACAAUCGGAUUCUGUCCUUGUAGUUUCCCUCAAGGAUCAGUUGCAAGCCCUGUAUGAGGGACUAAGAUCCUUGAGAACUUCUCUUAAGGAGCAGCCAAACAAGUUUGUUGAUGUCCAAAUUAGGGAUAUUGUUGGACUUGUGAUAUGCGAUUCUGGAGUCGUGAUCUUUUCACUUGUUCACAAAGGCACUGAAAUUGAUCUUGGGAUUCCGGAUUUGCUAGAGAACAUUACGGUGAUCCGAAAACAGGUUGAGGAGGGGCAAGUUCCCGUAACAACAUCCAAGUUCAACUUUCCCAAGACCAAUGUCUUGGGCUUUUUGGAUUUUCUUUUAGAAAACUUGCUCAAGGUAACAAUUUAUGAGGUUGAUUCAGAUACCCAGAGUUGCAUCCAAACACUUGGAGAAUAUCUUGUCUUCGUAAGAUCAUUUUUGGGAGUGCUGGCGGAGUUGAAGAGUCAACAAGAGCAACACCUCCAAGCUCUUUAUAAUCAAACUCUUGAGGUGGCUUAUAACAUGGAAUUUCUCGUUGACCAAUUGGUGCUUGGAGAUAUUCAAGAGUCCUUUUCAGUGUCAUUUGCAUCCAUCAAAGAAGACAUCAGGAUGAUUAAGGAUGAUGUCAUGAAGAUUCUCCAUAGCACUAGCAGGAGACAACCAUUCCAACUCCAGAGAGCCACUUGGACACCAGUACCAUCAUCAUCUCAGCAGACAUCAACCACUGCAACAGAAGGGGAAGUUGUAGGUUUUGAAAUGGAGACAGCAACUAUUAUUAAUCGGCUCACACGAGGAUCAAAGAAGUUGCAGGUUGUUGCCAUUGUGGGAAUGCCCGGCUCGGGAAAGACAACUUUAGGAAAGAAAGUUUACAAUGAUCCUUCGGUCAUGAGUCAUUUCCAUGUUCGCGCCUGGUGUUCGAUUUCUCAAGUGUUGAACCGUAAGGAAGUCCUACUCACUCUUCUAUCUCAAACUCUUGGAAAGCGUCCUGAUGGAUACCAUAAGACGGCAGAAGAUGAUUUGGUCCAAGAGCUUUGGCGUUCUUUGAAACGACGUAGAUUUCUCAUAUUUUUGGAUGAUGUAUGGGACAUUAAAUCAUUUGAUUGUUUGAAAGGGUCAUUUCCGGACGAUUCCACUGAAAGCAGAAUCCUUCUCACCAGUCGACAGUGUGAUGCUGCUCCUGAAGCUAUGCUCGAUGAUAAGCCUCAUUUUCUUCGUUCACUCGCUACUAAUGAAUGUUUGGAGUUACUGCGGAGGAAGUUAUUCCCCGGGAAAGAUUAUUGGCCUAAAUCUUUACAUGAAUUUGGAAUGGAAAUUGCGGAAGCGUGUAAAGGAUUACCUCUAACAACUGUCCUUGUAGCUGGUAUUUUAUCAUCCACGAAGCAAGCGUCUUGGAAUGAAGUUCUUCAAAGUCUAAGGUCCGGUAUCAUCUCCAGUACAGAGCAAUGCAACAAUACGAUGGAGCUGAGCUACAGACAUUUGCCUGAUCAUUUGAAACCAUGCCUCCUCUUGUUUGGAGCAUUUCCAGAAGACCAAGAGGUUUCCGUCAAGAGGUUGAUCUGGUAUUGGAUUGCUGAAGGGUUCGUGCGGGAAUCUAAAUCAAAGAGCUUAGAAGAGGUUGCAACAGAUUACUUGAAGAUUUUGAUUGGUAGAAGCUUAGUUAUGGAGGCCAAAAAAAGCUCCAGAGGAGGUGUCAAGUCUUGCAACACUCAUGAUUUGCUUCGCGGCUUUUACGUGAAAAAAGCUAAGGAAGAAGAUCUGUUUCGAGUGUUAGAAGGGUAUGACAAGUUGUUAUCUUUCAAUGGGCCACGUAACCUGCGAAGGCUAUGCAUAUAUUCAUCUCAAAGUCAUUUUAAGAACUCAAAGCUCUUUUGUCCUCGCCUACGAUCACUACUUCUCUUCGACCCAAAUCCAGUUAAAGAAAGAAUGAUUGAUGGGUCAUUCAUUUUUCGUAUCUUCAAGCUUCUCAAGGUUUUGGACAUAGAGCAAGUUCAUCUCAGCUCUAACAUUCCAAGCGAAAUAGGGGUUUUGGUGCAGUUGAGAUAUUUGGCAAUCCAAUGUGCCAGGAAUGUCAGCCCAGCUAUAGGUAAUCUUUCAAACUUAAUAACUCUCGUUCUUCGUUCAUCAGUAGGUGCAUCUAUUCAAUUGCCACAGACAUUCUGGAACUUGCGGAAACUGAGACAUCUGUACUUAAGCUCGUCGGUUUGGGGCAUUAAGUUGCCAGUUGAUAAUCUUGGCAGCUCACCUAAUUUGUACUACCAUGAUCAGCUGAUCAGUUUAUCAGAACUCGAGUGUGAACGAUGGAGCAUCUUGGAAAAUCAAUUAAGAAAGUUCCCAAACAUCCGUCGACUAAGGUUCACGGUACAUAUGGACAGGGAAGCCUGCGAGCUCAUGACACUUUCAUUUCUGAGUCGACUUGAAUCGCUCCAUAUCCAAUUUGGGCGUUGUAGUGAGCUUGAGACUGAGUUUGUCUUUCCAGGGAAUCUCAAGAAGUUGACUCUGAGUGGAUGUGAGUUACCCUGGGAAAAGAUUACAACAAUUGCACAACUCCCUCAUCUUGAGGUACUCAAAUUACUAGAUGAAUCCUUCAUCGGGGAAAUAUGGGACAUGGAAUAUGAAGGGGAAUUCUCGAAGCUUAGAUACCUGAAGUUGAGCCAAUUGGACGUCGCCAAUUGGACAGCUUCAGAUGACCAGUUUCCGAACCUUCAGAAGUUAGUGCUGGAUUACUGCCACAAUUUGAAAGAAAUUCCUAGUGACUGCUUGCAGAAUGUUCCAACUCUUGAAAUGAUUGAGGUCUUCUAUUGUCCUGAACUUGUUGCAAAUGUGCUGGACCAAAUCCAGGAAACCCAGGCAGUAAUGGGUAAUUCGGCUUUCAAGGUUCUUGUGCAUUAUUAACUACAUACACUAAUUCCACUUAGUAGCAUGAAGCUCCUCAUCUCUUUCCCUUUGUCUAUCAAUAGCAUUAUGUUUUUUUUUUUUUUCUUUUCAUAUGCUUUGUAGUAAUUUGCAUUAUAUAUGGUAGUUGUUAUGCAUCUAUUUUUCCUUUUUAGUUUCCGAAGAAUAUUACUAAUAUUACAUUUCAAGAAAAUAGCACAGAAUAGUUUCAUUAUUGCCAGUGGUAAAUAGUGCUGAAUAGUUGUUAUACUAAGGGAAGAGAAGAGAUUGCUUCUUGAAGUGAUCGAGCUCUCGCGUUUGUGCUGAAUGCAUCUUCGAAUCAAGUCGAACAAGGGUUACUGAUUGAACAUGGGAAAGUCAGUUCCAAAAGAUCCUGGUUAACACAUGAUAAUUAGCUGAAUGUCUCCAGUUCAUUUUUGUAAUGAAUGAAUGCUUCAUUUCAUAGGAACAAGAGACUUGUACAAAACCGUUGGAGUUGGUAUUUGUUAACCUCAUUACAACAAAAUUUAAUCCCAUUAUUAGACGAAUUAAAAGCAGCCUAUUUGUUCUGAGUCACCAAAAUAAACAUGCGAAAUUGAUGGGGAUAAAUAACUGUUUAAUUUCUGUCUAAAACUCUCACUUAUUGAUUGAUGGAGCCUUGAGUCAAGCAAUUGUUCAGAUACUGUUUCAUGCGGAAGUUGAGGCUGAUGACGAAUUGGGAGCUUGUUGAAUUUGCACAUUACUGUCCUCUGUGGUGUGUACUAAUUCUUGAAACCCCUUUGCUAGAAUACCAGUCCAACUGAUUCCCUUUUCAUAUGAUGGAAGCAAAAGAUUACACCAAAAGUAGCUAAAUUUUUUUGGUUCUGUUUCAAAAGAGAAUUAAGAAAUAUCCUCAUGGUAACCAUUCCAGCUGACGAAAUUCAUAGUAUCCGGUAAUGGAUCGAACAAUAUGAUAGCGAAGUAAAGAUUAAAAUUACCGGUGACACGCUUCAAGUGAGUGAUGGUAAAGAAUGGACUCGGAGAGCUGGAGAAAUAUUCACAACAGUUCGGGACUUCUUUGACCUCUUGUGGUUAUCUAAUUUUUGGAUUCUG